AUGUGGCUUCUGGGCACCGCGCGCGCGAACCUCGUCUUCUUUCCCCAACCUGAAAACGUUCCUGGAGGCUAUGCCAUCCUCUCGCACACCUGGGGAGAGGAGGAAGACACGUUUCAAAACCCACGCCAGCCGUCGCCACCAUGGUUCAACCCACGCGAUCGCCUAACUCUAAAAAUUCGAUCAUUCCUUGAGCGCGCCGAGAAGCACGGGCAUGAGUACGCUUGGGUCGACACGUGCUGUAUCAACAAGGAGAGCAGUGCCGAGCUCUCGGAAGGCAUCAAUUCCAUGUUCCGCUACUACGCCCUCUCCACCAUCUGCUACGUCUACCUCAGCGACGUCGAAUACUCCGAUACCGAUUCACACAACAUGUGGGACGCCUUUCGAAGAAGCCGUUGGCACACGCGGGGCUGGACUCUCCAAGAGCUCAUCGCGUCCCGUGUCCUUGUGUUCUACUCCAAGGAGUGGAAAUGUCUGGGCACCAAGUACGGGCUCGCCAAGCGCCUCGAAGAAGCCACUGGGGUCUCGGCGGAAGUCCUCCGCUUCAAGAAUUCGUUUACCGACGCUAGUAUCGCGACACGUAUAUCCUGGGCGGCGCAUCGGGAGACCACGAGGACAGAAGACGGUGCCUACAGCCUCUUCGGGCUUUUCGGGGUCAACAUGCCGACGCUCUAUGGCGAAGGCCGGAGCGCAUUCUGCCGGCUCUUCACGGAGAUCCUGAAGACUUCGCGGCCCGAUCCUUCGAUUUUUCUCUUGGGA